UUGAGGUUAAACAACCAACGAAAGUCACUGCACUGCUUUGUAUUUAGUAUUUACAUUUCAAAGGAAAUUAUAAUGACUGGUGUUCCAGAAACUUCAUGUAGGCUUUGCCUUGAAAAUAUAACCGAUAAAGGUUUUGAAGUGACAAACAACAUUAUCAGAGACAUUCUAGACGUACUUUUGCUGAAAUUGAAACUUGAUAGCGAGGGCAAAGAGGUGAUGUGUAAUGUUUGCAGAAGAAAGUUAAAUGAGGCGUUAGAAUUUAAAUCAAUGUGUCUGAAGACGAAUAACACAAUUAUUCCUUACGUGGAUAGCGAAAAAAUGUUACAGCUCGACUUAAGAGAAGUGUACAUGCGGGAAAAGAAAAGUGAAUUAGUUUGCGGUCAGAAAAUAUGUCGAUUGUGUAUGCACCCAGUAGAAAGUGACUUUACGUGCAUACAUGAGGAGGAACUUGCAGCUAUUGAGAAUUUGGCUCCGGAAAUGAAUAUAAAUAUCGUCAAAGAUCCCGUCAUGUGUAAGCCAUGCUUCGAUUCUCUGUGUAUCCACAACAAUUUCCUUAAAGAUUGCUUAGUGGCAGAGGAGAAAAUUAAAAAUAUUUUUGAUAGUUCCGCCACAGAAAGUCAAAUAGAUACGUCUCCACUCGAUUUAUUCGUUAAGACUGAAAACCUGGACGAGGAAUUCGAUAUUAACGAGAUGGAAAUGUCGAUUAAAACUGAAUGUGUCGAUAUAAAAUCGGAAGAUGAGGGAAGAAGUGACAUGCCAGUGCAAAGCUCCGAUAUUGUACCAUUCGAGGAGAGUGACCGUAAAGAUCAAGAAGAGGAUGGAUAUAAACAUGAGAAUGGAUCAGCGAAUAAAUGUAAUACGAAAACCAAGCGUCAGGUGAAACACAAA